AUGGCUGAGCUCCUCAUGGAAGAUCAAGCAUUCUUCUUCAACUUCCUGAGGAUGCCACCGGAAAUGUUCGAGGAACUGCUUGUCAGAAUUGGGCCGAGAAUCCAGAAGCAAGACACCCGAUACAAAAAAGCACUUGAACCAGGAUUGAAACUAGUGGCCAUCAACACCAUAUCGCUGUUGGUUCCAGAGGUGUGCCAGGCUAUUGUAGAAGAACACAAAGAGGAGGUCAUUUCGUGUCCUACAAUGCCAGAAGAAUGGCAUGCCAUUGAUGAAGAUUUCCUGAAAAAAUGGAAUGUGCCCCAUGCCUGCGGUGCCAUCGACGGAAAACAUGUGGCCAUCAGAUGCCCACGGAACUCUGGCUCAUUGUAUCAUACCUAUAAGGGCUUCUUUUCCGUGGUGCUUAUGGCUUUGGUGGAUGCCGACUACAAGUUUGUGUGGAUAGACGUGGGUGGAUACGGGUCACAGUCAGACGCUCAAAUCUACAACGAAUCGGAAUUGAAAGACUGUCUAGAAGAUGGAUCCAUUGGCUUUCCUGAUCCAGAUCCACUGCCGAACGAUGACAGGAACAUGCCAUACUUUUUCCUGGGAGACGAUGCUUUUGGACUGAGAACAUAUCUUAUGAAGCCAUACUCACACCGCGGCAAGACAAGGGAAGAGAUGAUCACUAACUACAGGAUCUCCAGAGGCAGACGCGUGGUCGAAAAUGCAUUCGGCAUACUGGCCCAGAGAUGGCAGCUUCUACUCACAACCAUGCAGCAAGCUCCCAAACAGUGA